AUGCUGCAACCUAGGUUCCUGACGCCUCUCCGGGCGCUGGAGCGAGCCUUCGCCCCAUCCAUCAGAUCGACUCCCAGUCUCUGCCAGCCACAAUCCCUCAUCACACGAACGCUCUCAGCAGGCCUCACUCUCCCGAAAACCACACCCACACCCUCCCUCCUCCCAUUCUCCCAAGUGCGUUACGCCUCCCACGCCUCCCAGGGAACUGCCAACAGACACUCGCGCGAUCCCGCCGGUAAGCGUCUCGGCGCGAAGCGCUCCGGCGGCGAAUACGUCGUUCCCGGCUGCAUCAUCUUCAAACAGCGCGGCUCGUUAUGGUUCCCCGGUGAUAACUGCGCCAUGGGCCGUGACCACACCAUCUACGCUACUCAAGCUGGUUACGUCCGAUACUACCUCGACCCCUUGCAGCACCCCGACCGCAAGUACAUUGGAGUUGUUUUCGACAAGGAGGAUAAGCUGCCGUACCCGCGUAAUGCGCCCAGCCGGCGCAGGUUGAACAUGGUGUCGACUCCGCGAAUCGAGCCUGUUGCCCAGCAGUCGGACUUGGUGGUCAAGAUUGAUGAGAAUGGCACUCAAGUUGGAUCCGUGGAGGCUGCUAAUGCCGAGACUGGCCCGCAACUUCGUCCCGGAUAUAUGUACCGUGAGGCCAAUUGGGUGAUCGGUCGUGCUGCUGAGCAGGCUGGAGUCUUCGCUAAGCCCUAUGAUAACCGGAACCGGUGGCUUGCGUGGAGGAAGCGCCAGGCUCGUGCUGAGCGGGCUGCCCAGAUGAAGAGUUUGAAGGGUGGCAAGAAGGCCGGCAAGAAGGCGGCCAAAUAA